AUGACUUUUGCCAAACUUUUGGACCGAGUUGGUGGCAUGGGUCGUUUCCAAGUCAUCAAUGUGGUUUUGCUCGUCUUCCCAAUGGUGCUCCUGGCGUGCCACAACCUUCUACAGAACUUUACAGCAGCCAUUCCUGACCACCGCUGCAGUGUCCCCGUUAAUGACACAUGCAACACUAAUGUGACAGAAAGCUCGGAAUGCAAGGACUUUCUGAGGGCCUCCAUCCCAAUGGAUGACAACAAGACUUUGCAGAAAUGUCAUCGGUUUGUCACUACCCAGUGGCCAUUCUUGAACUCCAACACCACAAGGCCACAGGACACAGAGACAGAAGCUUGUCCAGAUGGAUGGCUAUAUGAUACGACUGUCUUUACAUCCACCAUUGUAACAGAGUGGAACUUAGUGUGUGAUUUCCGAAACCUGAAGCAGUUGGCUCAGUCAGUCUACAUGGCUGGUGUGCUCGUGGGCGCAAUCGUGUUCGGGGGCCUCUCAGACAAGUUUGGCCGGAAAGCCUUGCUGAUCUGGUCUUGCCUGCAAAUGGCUGUUUCGGGAUCCUGCGCCGCCUUCGCCCCCAGCUUUACGGCAUACUGCAUCUUUCGUUUCCUGUCAGGAAUGGCUCUCUCAGGAGUUGGACUGAACUGUGUGUCACUUUCGGUAGAGUGGACUCCAAUGCAAUCUCGGGCCACUGUCAGUAUGGUGACAGGGUACAGCUACAGCAUCGGGCAGUUCGUCCUAGCCGGUGUGGCCUACGCCAUCCGUGACUGGCGCUGGCUCCAGUUGGCUGUUUCCUUUCCGUAUCUGGCCUUCUUCCUUUAUGGCUGGUGGUUCACAGAGUCAGCACGGUGGUAUGCCACUUCUGGCAAACUGGAACAAGCGCUAAGAGAGCUGCAAAAAGUUGCACAGAUAAACGGACAGAAGGAACAAGGGGACAAGCUCAGCUUAGAGGUCCUAACAGCCAACCUUCCGAAGGAAGCGGCCUCUGCCAAAUCAAGCUUUACUGCAGUUGACCUUGUGCAUACGCCAGUCUUGCGCCGACUAACUUGCUGCCUUUGCUUCGUAUGGUUCUCCACCAGCUUUGCUUACUAUGGGUUGGCUAUGGACCUGCAGAAUUUUGGGGUCAGCAUAUACCUCAUCCAGGUCAUCUUUGGGGCUGUCGACAUCCCAGCAAAGCUCAUUGCCUUCUUUGUGAUUUGCUACUUCGGCCGCCGCAUCACACAGGCAUUGUCUCUCAUCCUGGCAGGGUUUUCCAUUGUGGCCAACAUCUUUGUGUCGCAAGAUAUGCAGAUCCUUCGAACAGUCUUUGCUGUUUUGGGGAAGGGCUGUCUGGCAGCUUCUUUCAACUGUGUCUUCUUAUACACUGGAGAACUGUACCCCACAGUGAUCAGGCAGACUGGAAUGGGCUUUGGCAAUACCAUGGCACGUAUUGGUGGGAUUGUGGCUCCCCUGGUGAGGAUGACCAGCGAGUAUUCCCCCUCCCUACCCCUUGUCAUCUAUGGGGCAGCUCCCAUCAUCUCUGGCAUUGCUGCCUGCUUCCUUCCUGAGACUCUGAAUGUGCCACUACCUGAUACUAUUGAAGAUGUGGAGAGUCAGAACCUGAAGCAACAGAAGGCAGAUGAAAACUGCAAGGAGAAAGUCUUCUCCAUUCAAGAUGGAGUCUUCCUGGAUAUGAGAAUGUUCACAGAUUCCAGGCCUAUCAGAAGCACAGGAGAAAAAGACACCCCUGAUGUGGCCAGUAGUAGCUAA